UAUUUCAAUAAUCGGUUAUUCCUCUAAUCCUCUAUAGUCAAUGAUCGUCACAAAUGCGAAGAUAGUAGGAUGUUAGUUAGGUAACCUAACUUAGGUUCUGCGUCAAAUUAUCCCGACGCCGAGUCACUGGUAGAAAUUAUGUUCGAACGCGGGACUGUAAAAUAAUUUCUUCUUUCUCGUCUUCUCGACAUUGUAGACUUAAAAUAAUAAUAUUAAUCCGUGCUAUAUAACUAUUCGCACACCUGUAGUUGUUAAAGUUUUGUGUUAAUGUUUUUAGAUUUUUUAUCAACACUGGUCGCAAACAAAAAUAUUCGUACAGAAUCCCAUUUUCUUUUCAUUUGGCCAAUUUUAAAAACUGUUACUAUGGAUGCUUAUGAUAAAUUAGAAAAAAUUGGUGAAGGAACUUAUGGAGUUGUGUACAAAUGUAUGGAACGUUCCUCAAAAGAAAUUGUUGCAGUAAAGAAAAUACGUAUGGAAAUGGAAGAUGAAGGUUUACCGUCUACUGCUAUUAGAGAAAUAAGUAUAUUGAAAGAACUUAACCAUCCAAAUAUUGUGAACUUAAGGGAAAUACUUAUGGAUGACAUACGGUUAUAUCUAGUAUUUGAAUUUGUUCCCAUGGACUUAAAAAAAUUCAUUGACUCUAGGCCGAAAAAACACUUAGAUGAAGUUCUUACUAAAUCUUUUGCUUAUCAGUUGUUAGUGGCUAUAUAUUAUUGUCAUGUAAGGCGAAUAUUGCAUAGAGACUUAAAACCGCAAAAUAUAUUAAUUGAUAUAAAAAAUAAUAUAUUAAAAGUUGCGGAUUUUGGUUUGGGUCGUACUUUUGGUUUGCCAAUUCGAGUCUACACACAUGAGGUAGUAACAUUGUGGUACCGAGCUCCUGAAGUGUUAUUAAAUACUCAACGCUAUGGCUGCCCAAUUGAUAUGUGGUCCAUAGCAUGUAUAUUUGCAGAAAUGGCUUCUGGAAAACCUUUGUUUCAAGGAGAUUCAGAAAUUGAUCAACUUUUUCAUAUUUUUAGGAUUUUGACCACACCAAAUGAAAAAACAUGGCCUGGUGUUUCAGAAUUAAAGGACUACAAACCUUCAUUCCCAACAUGGAAUGAAAAUAUAUUACAGAAAUCUGUCAAGAACCUUAACAAUGUGGGAUUAAGCUUACUUCAAAAAAUGUUGAUCUAUGACCCAAGUAAACGCAUAAAUGCUCGAGAUGCACUUCAACAUAUUUAUUUCAAGGAUUUAAAUAAAAAUACUCUUCCAGCACAUCCUGAAAUAACAUUUUGAAAAACACUAUAUGACAACAAUUCUUUAUUAC